UGAAAAGAAUAUCACGAAAUUCAGCACUGGUGAAUGGUGAUUCCGGCCUAUCGGCGCCCAGGCCUCAUGAAGCCUUCUAUCCAAAGACUUCCUUUUAUCACUCUGCCGUCUCUAAGAGCCAUACCCAUCUAACAUUCGCCUCCUUCGAUUCACCUUUUAUAUAUCUAUAUAUCCAUUCCCCAUUCGUUAAUCUUUCUGUCUCCAGAUAAUCUCUUUUUUUCUGAUUUUUUUUUGGGAUGUAGUUGUAGUUGAGAACUAUGAUCGUUAUUAAGAAGAAACCGUUAGAUCGCCGUUUUCCAUUUCACCUUAUUACCAACCCCAUCAAACAAUUUUCUUCUUCUUCUUCUGCGAGCAGUGAUGUGCACGCCCAAAAGUUGGAUUCUAAAUUGAGAUCUCUCUGCGUGAAACCUUGCCCUAAUUCAGUUUUAGUUGAGGCGGUGCGCCUCUUCGAGCAUGCCGUUAAUGAUUUGGGGCAAAUCCCUUAUUCAUGUACUUGCAAUUUUCUUGUUGCAACUCUCGCAAAGAACAAGGCAUAUGGACUUGCCUUUGAUGUGUAUGAUAAAAUUACCCAUCAAUUUACUCCUAGUUUUUUAACUUUAGCUGCUUUGGUUGAAAUUUUCGUGCACAAUCACAAGCCUGAACUGGCAAUUUCUGUAUUUGGGUUAAUUUUGAAGCGAGGGUUUGUGAUCAAUGUGUACCUUUUCAAUCUGUUGCUGAAGGGUUUCUGUGAAAAUGGGAUGGUUCACAAGGGGGUGGAGCUCUUCUGUUGUUUGGAUAGGAAAAUGGUGUCUCCUGAUAUAGUUAGUUAUAAUACCCUCAUUAAAGGGCUUUGCAAGGCAAGAAAUUUGCAGGAGGCUUUGGAGUUGAAGGCUGGUAUGGAAAAUGCAAAUCUCGCUCCCAAUUCAUUGACAUAUACUAUAUUGAUGGAUGGCCUUUGCAUGGAGGGCAGGGUGGAUGAAGCUAUGGGAUUGGUGGAGGAGAUGAGGACCAAGGGUUUGGAACCCAAUGUGUUUGUUUACAGCAUAAUGAUAAAUGGACUUUGCAGUCGAGGAAAUGUGAAAGAAGGCAAAGAACUUUUUAAUGUGAUGCUAGGGAAAGGGGUUUCACCAAAUGUAGUGACCUAUACCUCUUUGAUAAAUGGGUUUUGUAAGCUGGGUCAGCUGGAAGAAACCAUGACGACGUUCAAUGCUAUGUUGGAGCAUGGAGUGCAGCCUGAUGUUGUCACAUUUACAGGUAUAAUUGAUGGGCUUUGCAAAGAUGGAAGGGCGGAGAAAGCAUUGAAGUUGUUCAAUGUGAUGCUGGGGAAGGGUAUAGUUCCUGGAAAUAUAACCUACAAUGUUCUGCUUCGAGGUCUAUGUGAUAAAGGGUUAUUGGCUGAUGCAUUUAAUAUUUUACAACUAAUGAUAGAGAAGGGUGAGAGGCCAAACCUGGUGACCUACAAUACAGUUCUGAGGGGGCUUUGCAACAAUGGGAAGGUAGAUGAUGCCAUGACACUUUUUCAUUCAAUGUUGACAGACAAAAGUUAUGUUGAACCAGAUGUUAGAACAAUGACUCUGCUGAUUCAUGGGCUGUGCCAAGAAAACCGUCUUGAUCUUGCUGCAGAUAUUCAUAAUAUGAUGAUUGAGAACAAUAAACUAGUUGAUGUGCAAACUUUUACCGUGCUUAUUGGAGCUUAUCUAAAGGCGGAUAAUUUUGGGAAAGCUAUGUAUAUUUGGAAGAAGAUGAUUGAAUUGGGUUUUACUCCAGACUCAUUGGCCUACAGUGCCUUAAUUGAUGGAUUUUGUAAGUUAAAUAUGCUAAACAUGGCAAAGGGAAUUUUUGUAAUCAUGAGAGAUCGCGGAUGUUCUCCCACAGUGUUCGACUAUAACUCAGUCAUGGCUGCUUUGUGCAAGGAAAGCAGUUUGGAACAAGCAAGGAGGUUGUUUCAAGAGAUGUUAAAUGGAAAUUAUGAACCAGAUUCUGUCUCGUAUAAUAUUAUAAUUGACUCAGCUCUGAAAUCAGGAAAUUUAGAGUCUGCUGAAGAACUACUUAACCAUAUGCUUCAAAGGGGUUUGAAUCCUGAUGCUUUCACCUUUUCUAUACUAAUAAAUAGGUUUUCAAAUCUAGGACGCAUUGAGGAAGCUAAGAAAUUGUUCAACAAAAUGGUUGCAUCUGAUUUCACACCCGACAUCUCUGUAUAUGAUUCUUUACUGAAGGGCUUUAGUUUGAAGGGAAAAACAGAUGAAAUAAUUCAAUUGCUCCAGCAAAUGGCUGUGAAGGGAAUUGUUUUAGACUCUAAAGUCACUUCUACUAUCUUAAGAUGUCUUUGUGACACUUCUGAAGAUCUCAAAUUGGUGGAGCUUCUACCAAAUUUUACAGAGGAACCAUCAGAAGAAAAUUGUGUUCUAUGUGAUGAAUUACUCUUAAAGAUCCAUGAGAGUCUUUCCAAGCUUCAGUCAUGCUCUACUUGAUUGAUACCUUUUCCCAAUAUACUUUUAUGAAGAAAUGUUAUUGGAGCAUGUAAGUCCUUGAAGUGAAGCAAGCAGGAAACGAGUGGCUCUACAUAGUGGAUGUCCAUCCAACAGCAAGACAGCCACUGUUGUUCUUUGUAAUGGAGCAGAUCAGUUCACUGAAGAAGCUUGAGUUCCAGGACACCAUUAUCAAUUGUUAGAAGAGCUAUGAAAUUGCUGGUGGCAGUGCUAUAAAUAUGGAGAUCAACUGAUAUUUGUGACACCAUGCUUGUGCAAUUUAAAGGAAGUUGCUGCCCUUUAUAUACUUGUAUGCAAAGCCCUCGACGAAGAUUAAAUAGGAUGCCCUAUGAUGUUAAAAGUGUUAAUUGCCCCUUUUUAUUAGUUUGAUGGGUCAAUUGAAGACCUACGCUAUUACAUGUGAGCUUUUUUUUUUUUUUUUUGGUAAAGAUACAGGGUCUUUUUCUCCGUCUGUGUCCGGGGUCCACCCACGUUCGCUCCGAGAGGCACAGGAGCUGGCCCAGGGAGAAUUGAACCCGCUCCCGAAAUUUCUCCCCACAAAGAGAGCUCACUUGCCACUUGAGCUACCCGUUGGGUUACAUAUGAGCUUUAUAUAUAUAUAUAUAUAUAUGAGAGAGUUUGCAAUCACUACUUGGAAGAUGAAUUUUGGGUGAAAUUUAUCUUCUUUUUUUUUUUUGUAUUAUUGACUCUGUUACAAUGUAAUAUUUGUUCAUAACUAUUUUCUCAAUUAAAUGAAACACAAAGAGUCAAUAUCG